CAGGGAAGAAACGAACAGUCUCUACAAGUUUACAUCAGAAGACAGUUUGAGGGAUCAGCACUUCUUUAACAGGAGCUGAGAAGUGUAGCAGGUAGGAUGGGCGGAAGAAAAUAAGAUGCACCUGAGAGAGGAAGCUACCUUCUUUUUUUCUUCUUCUUCCAGGGAAUACUGAUCAGAAUGAAACCUCAGGACAUUAUAAAUGAAAAAAACUGCCUUUGGGUCUUUGGAUAUGGAUCUUUGGUUUGGAAACCAGAUUUUCCUUAUAAAAGACGAAAAGUUGGUUACAUUAAAGGAUACAAGAGACGGUUCUGGCAUGGAGAUGAUUUCCAUCGAGGAGAUAAGGAAAAGCCAGGCAGAGUGGUCACACUAGUAGAAGAUGAGGAGGCCUGCACAUGGGGCGUUGCCUACGAAGUGCCUGAGUCCCACAUGGAGGAGUCCCUUCAGUACCUCAACGUCAGAGAGGUCGUGCUGGGUGGAUACACAACAGAAACGGUGGAGUUUGUCCCUAAAGAGAAGAGCCAUGGUCCUCUGCUGGCUCUCGUCUACAUCGCCACAUCGGACAACCCCAUCUAUCUUGGUCCCGCCUCGGCCAUGGAAAUCGCAGCCCAGAUUUCCAUAUCCAGAGGAAAAACAGGCCACAACAUUGAGUAUCUGCUCCGGCUGGCAGAGUUCAUGAGGCUGUGCUGUCCGGAGGUGGAGGAUGAACACCUUUUUUCUAUCGAGGCAGCUGUUUUAAAGAUUUUCCCGGGUGGAGACAUCAUACCCUCAGCCCUCUAACCCCCAUAACAGGAGCUUUAAAUGACUGUGUACAACACUUUCUAUAGGAUUUUCAAAGGGACCUGAUCAUUUUGGGUAUUUGGUGCUUUAAGAAAAACGACCUUAUUUGAUAUAAAGGAAUUGCUCUUCUUGUUUGUAAUUACAGAGACUUGAACUGCAAUUUGGAGGGCCUGCGGUUUACCACAUUCACAGACACCUGUUUUCCU